AUGUCCAACCAAAGCAACGGCACUCGCCGCACGAAUAAUCAACAAACCUCGCGCAGCAAGCCUGUGCCCGCUGGCAAUGAGGAGGCCUCGAGCGUGUUGAAUCUUGGCGAGUUCCAAGAUGUUGACACCUUGACCCUGUCCGAGGCGUCGCUCGUCAUCAAUGCGCUGGUCAACAAGCGCCGGAUAGAAGGCAAGGAUGUCGAGAAGAACGAGAUGCUGACCAAGACCAUGGACUACCUGGAUAACUUUGCGCGGUUUCAGAAGAAGGAGAAUGUGGAGGCAGUCGAGCGCCUUUUGAGCGCUCACAAGGAGUUUCACAAGUUCGAGCGAGCGCAGCUCGGAACAUUGUGCUGCGCCGAUGCAGAUGAGGCCAAGACUCUCAUUCCAUCGCUCACAGACAAGAUCAGCGAUGAAGAUCUGACUGAACUUCUCGAGGAAAUGCAAAAAUUCCGCUAA